UCCUCGAGGCUCUGGGACCGGCGGAGGGGCCGCGGCCGGCGGGGGUGGGCGGGGUCGAGGUUGUGGGCGGAGUUGCCUGCAGGGGGCGGGAUCGUGGGCGGGGACGCGCGGGUCCCACCCCGUCCAGGAGGGGCCGGAGUCGCGUGUGACCCGGGCCUUCGGCGGCAGUCCAGAGGGUUUGCCCCAAAAUGAAGCCAGCGCGGGCGGCGGCGUCCGCGGCGGCUUGCGGGGCGCGUGGUCAGCCAGAGACCUGAGGGUCUGGGGGGCUGGGUGCAUCCGGAAGAGGGUCCCCAGGGGCCAGAGGGUCCCGGGGGAGGAUCUCGAAGGCGGGCCCCGGCGGAGGCGGGGCGGGUCCGGAGGAGGGUCCUGGGCUGUCCUCAGCGGGCCUUGAGCCCGCGGCCAUGGCCGGGCCCGCUGACCAGCGGCGGCUGUUCCGUCUGGUGCAGGACGGCCGGCUGUGCACCCUGCGCAGGGAGCUGCGGGCGGCGGGACACGCGGGCUGCGCGGGGCCGGCCGGGGACACCCUCCUGCACUGCGCCGCCCGCCACGGCCGCCGGGACGUCUUGGCCUAUCUGGUCGAGACCUGGGACCUGGACAUCGAAGCCGCCAACCGGGACUACAAGCGGCCUCUGCAUGAGGCUGCCUCCAUGGGCCACCGGGACUGCGUGCGGUACCUGCUGGGCCGGGGGGCCGCGGUCGACUGCCUGAAGAAGGCCGACUGGACUCCUCUGAUGAUGGCCUGCACAAGGAGAAACCUCGAGGUGAUCCGGGAUCUCGUGGAGCACGGCGCCAAUCCACUCCUGAAGAACAAAGACGGCUGGAACAGUUUUCACAUCGCCAGCCGCGAGGGCGACCCUCUGAUCCUCCAGUACCUGCUUGCAGUUUGCCCUUCUGUCUGGAAGACAGACAGCAAGAUCGGGAGGACCCCGCUGCACACGGCAGCAAUGCAUGGCUGUUUAGAGGCAGUAGAGGUGCUUCUUCAGAGGUGCCAGUAUGAACCGGACUUCAGAGACAGGUGUGGCCUCACGCCCUUCAUGGACGCUGUUCAGUGUGGCCACACGGACGUGGCCAGACUGCUCCUCAAAAAGCACAAGGCUUGCGUGUCCGCUGAGGACUCAUUGGGGGCCCAGGCCAUCCACCGGGCCGCAGUCACUGGGCAGGAUGAAGCCAUCCGAUUCCUGGUCUCAGAGCUUGGUGUCGACAUUGAUGCAAGAGCAGGAUCUACCCAUCUCACGGCACUUCACUUCGCAGCUAAGGAAGGUCACGUGAGCACAGUCCAGACACUCUUAUCCUUGGGUGCUGACAUCAACUCCAAGGACGAAAGAAAUCGAUCAGCCAGGGACAGAGACCGGUCACAUGAAGAGUCACGUGGCUCCUCUGGGCAUUGCUGCCCUGGCGAUGCUGUCUUCAGGUGCCCCCAAGCUCACCACUACUGAGUCAGGGCAAGUGCGUAAGAUAAAAGGAAGGAAGCGGACUUUGGCGGCACAGAACUCUGUUUAAAACACAACCCUGCACCUCCCCGUCCAGGAGAAUUCAGACCAAGUGACUCAAUGUUCUCAUCUGUACAAAGGCCAUAAUGCCCACCUGCCAGAAGGGUCUGAGUAUAACACCUGGUACAUUGAAGGCACUAAGGGCUGGCUCUCUGACAUCCUUAUUUGCUUUGUAACCUGUCAUUAAAAGCAUCGCCACUGCUUGUCAUGUAGUGUCGGUUUCCCCCAUUGCAACAGAGAACAGUAUUAUCAAAAUGUCUUGGAUUUUUAAGUGUAAGAGUCCAUCCAGUCCAGUCAAGGCUGAGCAAAGUUCAACAACUUGUCUGCUCUUCAGCCAAGCAUCUGAAAACCCACCUGGCCCCCUGCCCUCUGAAGUCUCGGGCAUGACGCUCCCUGCAUGUCCAGUCAGCCAGACGCGAGCUCUUGAAGGCAUCAGAGUGUAUCACUGCUUCUUUCCAGUAAUCGAGAGAUUUUCUCUCUUUUAAAUAUCAGUGACAAGGACUUCCCUGCUGGUCCAGUGGCUGAGACACCGCAUCCCAAGGCAAGGCGCCCAGAUUCGAUCCCUGGUCAGGGAACUAGAUCCUGUAUUCCG